AUGUUGGAUUCCCUUUACGGAAACCUGCUCGGCUCCGAUGCAGGUGAGGGCGCGACGCAAAAGGAAGAUGACAUCUUUGCUGCAGACCCUAAGGGAGCAUCCCGACCUUCGGGUGGGGGUGCUCAAAGCACUGCAGAUCCCGUGGAGAAGCUUCCGGCAGAGAAGAAAGUGGCUGAUGACAAGGAAAAGGGGCAGCCGAGCAGCACUCCGUUGCCACAGACAUUCUCCGCCGCAAAGCUGAUGAUGCCGCCUGUGCGGAAGAAGGUGGAGCCGGCAAGGCGGCCUUCCAUGCCAGCCGUGGAUCUCUCCAAGCUGGCGGCCGAGAAGGAAGCACUUAUGAAGCAGCGUGCAGCCGCAGAGACUAGCAAGGCUGUGUCCAGUGUGUCCAGUGUGUUUAGUGCGGCGAAGCCUGUAGAAAGCGAGUCUACUGCAGCGGCUGCCGGAGCGCCGCUGAGCGAACCACUUGCAACGAGUCUGUUCGGUGAUCCGAACGAGGAAUAUGAUCCUGCCAAGCCGAACGACUACGAUGAGUUCUGCCGUCGAAGGAUGAGGCAGAAAGCUGAAGAGGAAAUGGAGAAGCGGCGGCAGGAGGCAGCUGCACGGCAGCAAGCUAGCAAGGCACCCCAGGCAAAAGAGGAUGACUUUGCAACGAAGAUGAUGAAGAAGAUGGGUUGGAAGGAUGGUGCCGGGCUUGGAAAAGAAGGGCAGGGCAUGGUCAACCCACUUGUCAUGCAGAAAACUGACCAGAAGACGGGUCGCAUAGUUGAGGGCACGAAGCGCGAGGCGGCAGCACAGCCUCCGGGCCAGCCAGACUCGAAGCAGGCCAAAGCGCCUCCGAAGCUGCCACCUACACGUGUUCUGCUUCUGACAAAUAUGGUCGGUGCUGGAGAUGUCGACGAGGACCUUCAAGAGGAGACGGCCGAGGAGGCCAGCAAAUAUGGCAAACUCAAGAAGUGUGUGAUCAAAGAACUCAAGGGUAAGCCCGAUGACCAGGCAGUUCGAAUUUUCCUCGAGUAUGAGGAUGUGGCUGCUGCCACGAAGGCCUUCGCAGACAUGAAUGGGCGCUACUUUGGCGGGCGUGUCGUGAAGGCUUGUUUCUUCGAGGAGGCCUUGUUCUCCCAGGGGCAGCUGGAGGCUGCAUGA